AUUACGUUGAAGGGGGAAAAAUGAAGUGUGGCGUAUGGAAUGCGAGAAGUGUCAGAAAUAAGAGGGAGGAAGUUAGAAGGUUGACAGAAGGUUUGGAUGUGCUAGCGAUAGUAGAAACCUGGUUGAGGCCGGAGGAGAUGUUUAGAAUACCAGGAUGGCAUGUAAUCAGGAAGGAUAGUGAGACGGAGAAUAGAAGUGGGGGUAUGUGCGUGAUGGUUAGGGAAAAUAUUAAGGUGUUAAACACAGGAGUGUACCUUAGAAAUAAUAGUAAGUGGAAAAACAUGUGUGUAGAAAUAAAAACGAUGAGAGGGAAAUUAGAAAUAGUACUGGUGUAUAGGAGACCGGGAACGGGGUUAAGUAAGGAGGAAUGUAGGAGACUUUUUAGGAAUGCGAGGGCAGGAAAUAAGAGGAUUUUUAUAGGAGAUUUUAAUGCAAAGAGUAGGAGUUGGAAUUGUGAGAGUAGCGAUGUUGCGGGGGAGGUCCUGGAAGAGGUGUUGGACGAGGAAAACAUGGUGGUGGUGAAUUUUGGAACACUGUCCAGAAUAGGAAGGCCGGACCAGGUAGCGUCCAAUAUAGAUCUCGUCAUUACCACGGCAGAGGAAGCAUUGAAUGUCAGGAUAAGAGAGACAGGGGAGACCGGGGGAUCGGAUCAUCAGGUGAUUGAAUUUGGGUGGGAAGAUGAAGCGCGAACGAUAGGA